CGAAAUAUUGGAUGGAAAGCCUAAACUAAUUUUAGCUUCUUACGGGAGAGAUGUGGUUCACAUGCUGUGUAGAAUUCCACCUUAUUUGAAUUUUUAACUGGCAGAAAGAAGUCAAAAAGUGACUUACCUAUUCAGAUGAGGAUUGAAUGCCUGAGAGCCCAGGGAAACAGCCCCAAAACACUCUUACUGCUAAAACAUUGUCAAAAUGGUGCAGGAUUUAAUGCCUGUCUUUACAGGACAACAGGUAAAUCAAAACCUGCAGUGAAGAUGGGUAAUAAAGCCAGAGUCCCUAAACAUGCCUUAAGAAUAAGGCCUACCAGGCAUGUUUCAAGGUCAACACAAAAUGCCUUUAUCAAGGACGAAAGCCUAACAAAUCCAAGGAGUGAAUCAAGCUUAUCAAUGACAAAAGGUGAAAAACUGCAAAUAACGGCAAAUAACUCCUCACAUGAAGCUCUAACUAAAGAUCACUCUUCAAUUUUCCAAAGAGAUAACACAAGCAGAAAGCUUGAUUCAGAAAAUAUUAAUGCUGUUAAAAAAAGUAAGCAAAAACCUCAAAAUCCACAUACAUCAGCUGAAGACCUAAGAAGAAGUCUGGUGUGUUUAACACAAGAGCAGCUUGAACAAAUUUUGUUGACUGUAAAAGAAGGAACUAAAAGUCUCUCUGAAGUUCAUAAUGAAAAGCAAGAGGUAACAGCUGCUAAUGAGGCAUCAGAAGAAAAUACUGUCACACUGCUCCAAAAAGCUUGUGAAGCUGCAUCAGUUCCAGAUGAAGCUAACUCUAAUUCAAGCAGGAAACAAGAAGCAUAUCCACAGCCAGGACAGAAAGUUAUAAAGAAUUCAUGGAAACCUGCUGACAUAUUCAGUACCUUGGGUGAAAGAGAAGGGGAUAAAGCCUUAUUAGAAUUUAAAAGGACCCAGUGGAAGAAGGAAUUAGAUGAACAGGUAGCUCUGAAGAAGAAACUGAAAGAAACUUUGGAGGGAGAGGUGGGUUAUUUCUGGAAAAGACCUGGCAGUGAUAAAACCUAUUCAGAGAAAAUGGGAACAGCUGACCCAGAUAAGACAUUGUUUCCAGCUGAUUCAAUUACUACUACUGAUGAAAAUUGUGUCUGUAGAACUAUUUUAACCACAGAGGCUAAUGAAGUUCCACUCAGUGUUUCAAGUGGUCCAGCUGGGCAGUGUGGUGAUUUCAGGUCUUCUGACUUACCAGCUGUCAGUUACACAGCACUUGUGUUAGGGGAAACUACACCACAGGAACGACCUUUAGGUGCUGCGAAGCAUGAGCAACAGAAAAAACGGCCUGAAGAGCUGGACAAACAGAAGGAAGAAGCUAAGCCACAAAAAAUAGAAGAAAAACUAAAUUUAUCAAAGGUCCAGCGAUCUGUGGCUGAUGCAAUUGCUUUGCAGGCUGAAGAGCAUGACAGAUGGGCAAUGCAUUUUGAUUCUUUAAAGAACCACCUUAAUGCUAAUGCACAACACCCCCUAAAUGGAAUGUACAAAAAGCAGCCUGAAAUUCUUUGUCCGUCACCUGAUUCUAAGGAGCUGACUGCUUUUAUUCACCCUCUUUCACCUGCAGCUCUAGGCAACCUCAUGCCCUCAAAGAUGGGAAAUUCAGAAAAAGCUGCUAAAAGUAGUCCUUUGGAACACAGUCAGAAAGUCAGUUUCCUUCGUUCAAUGACAGCUCUCUUAGAUCCUGCACAGAUUGAAGAGAGAGAGAGGCGGCGGCAGAAACAGUUAGAACACCAGAAAGCAAUAAUGGCUCAAGUAGAAGAAAAGCGGAAAAAGAAACAACUGGAGGAAGAGCAGAGAAAAUGGGAAGAACAAGAGGAAGAACAGCGUCUAGCACGAGAAAGAGAACUGAUGCAGAAACAGUUUGAAGAAGAUAUGCUGAAACAAAAACAAAAGGAAGAGCUCAUGACUCUUAAAACAAAUGAGCUCUAUCAGACAAUGCAGAAAGCUCAGGAAUUAGCACAGAGAUUAAAACAAGAACAGCGCAUUCGAGACUUGGCACAGAAAGGACAUGACAUUUCAAAACUUCAGAAGAAUCUUGGUGGUGGUGAUACUGUAUUUGAAAAUUAUAAUACUGGCAUUUCACAUCAAAGUCAUAAUUUUUCUGAUGACAUUAACAGUAAGGUUGGUCAGCAAACUUCUCCACGGAAAGACACUGCUGUACAGACAGAUGACUUUAAUACGUCAGCAUAUGUUGAGUCAGCUGAGAAAAGAACUGUGUGUUGCGGAUCACCUGAUAUUUCCAUAGAAUAUAAAGAAACCUCUAACAGCAAAAGAUGCCAGAAAGAAAUACAGUAUGCAGAUAAAAAUAAAAUUGCACAAAAAGAGAAUGAUGGCAUUUACAAUGAUCUAUAUGAACAAUUUGCAAGAAAAGAAAGACAGGUUAAACCUAUGGAAAAAUGUGACAAAAGACCUGACUGGAACAUAAACAAACCUGGGAAAAGAUACAUUCCAGCAUCAGAAAGAUACCCUAAACAGCUACAGAGACAAAGGGAAGAAAAUAAAGUAAGACGACAAAUGGAGCUGCUUCAGUUGGUAGAAAGAAAUACCCCUGGAAAUCUCUGCCAAAAGAAGGGUAGUUCUUCAGACAGGUCUCCUUCACCUCACCAGGAAAUGAAUAGGAAGAAUAAGGGACAUGCAAUCAGAAAGGAAGAACAAUUACAUAAGAAUCAUUUGAAUGAAGAAAGAUCUGAAUCACCACCUGUUCCAGCAGCUAAGAACAGAUUACACCAGAGACAACAAAAACAGAUAUAUACUUCUAAUUUCCUGGUGCUUAACAAUAGUAGAAGAGAGAAAAGUAUCAACACAGAUACGCAACAAAGGAGCUCCCCUACUGCAGUUUCCGAGCCUGGGAGGCCUGCCUCGUCACACUUCAUUCCUUAUGUUCGAACAAAUGAAGUGUAUUAUCUUGAUCCAGAUGCGCCGGUGACGAGACCUUCAACAUAUGACCCACAAUAUCAACAGUUUAAUGAUUCUUACCCAACAUCACGACAUAUUUUUAGCUCUGAUCAUGUUAGAGAUCCUCUUCUAAAUCCUGAUGUGGUUAAAAGCAGAGAGAGACAACAAGCAAUUCUCAAAGGAUUGUCAGAAUUACGCCAGGGCCUCCUGCAGAAACAGAAGGAGUUGGAGACAGGUUUAAUUCCAGCUAUAGCUCAAGAAGCGAACUUUAUUUCACCAUUUUAAAAGCAGUAUAGCACCACUUAAUAUUGUAAUGGACUGGGACCAAGGCAGCAGGACUCAAAUUAAGAAAACUACUUACAAACAAGAUCUGAACAGGUCAGUGUUCAAAUCUUCCAGCCAGAGCUGAAUGUUACUUUGGAUUCAUUUGGUGGAUCCCAUGAAAAGACGGGAUCACUUUAGGUAUAGGUGUUUCUCUUUUAGAUAACUGCUGCAGGCCUGUAACCUGACUUCAUGGUAGCUGAUCUGUGAUAUAACCUAUUUUAAAAAUGCCAUAGAACCUCUAAACAGAGAUUCUUCCCAGCAGCAACUGUUUCUAGAUAUAGCGUGAAUAUGAGCUUACAGCAGUAGCUGCACUUCCCUCCACAUGCACAC